AUGCGUUUACAAUCUCAUUAUCAUCAAAUAACAGAAUUGCUUUCUUCUCAAUCAGAUAAACAUCGAUUAUCCCAAAGCGAUUAUCAUCAUAAGCAACAAGAAACAAUUCCGAAAAUAAUUAAAAAUCGAUGGUCUAUACAAUCACCGAUAAGUUCAGGUUCUUUCGGUUGUAUUUAUCAAGGGAUAAAUUUAGUAACGAAUGAAAAUGUUGCCAUUAAAUUUGAAUCGAAAACUUCCAAUCAUCCACAAUUGCAUAAAGAAAGUCAAAUCUAUCGUUCUAUUGAAGGAGCAGGUAUGCCGAAAAUGUAUUGGUAUGGAACAAUAGAUGAUUAUCAUGUUAUGGUACUUGAAAUGCUUGGACCGAGCAUUGAAGAUUUAUAUAAUUAUUGUAAUAGAAGAUUUACAAUAAAAACUGUUGUUUUACUUGGUGAACAAAUGCUUGAGAGAAUAUGUCAUAUACAUCGUCGAUCUGUUGUACAUCGAGAGUGA